AUGGCUGGGGCCGGAGAUCGAGCCCCCCCACCGCCGGCUCCUGUGGGGGGCAGGGACGAGCCGGAGCGAUGGGCCCCUGUGGGAGCCUCGGGCCGAGGCCGCCUCACCGCCUCCCUCCAGGGGCCCCGGCGCCAGUCCCCUCAGCCGCCAUCUUGGUUCCCGGCGGGUAUUAUUGGAGAAGGCAAAAUGAUCAUCUUCUGUCCUGGUGGAUUUUUUGGCAUGAUGCCAAAAACAGGGUGUGUUGUAUCUGGUAUCUACAUGAUUAUAAUGACUAAUAUGUAUAUUAUCUUUGAGACGGGUCACCUGGAUCGAGCAAAGAGGCUGCUACCCAUUACUGAGGAUUCGAUCAUCUAUUACUAUUACACCGCACUUCUCCUGGCCUGUCUAACUUAUCCUGUAUGUAUCCUCCUCAUCUAUUCUGUUUGGAAUCGAAACGUGAGAGGCAUGUUCACCUAUGUUGUUUGGAUAAUAUUCUAUGACCUAGCCAAUUUCACUCUUCUAAUCCUGACUUUCUUGGCUAGACGUUAUGCCCACCCCUUUUAUAUCCAUCCUUUGGAAUGGUUUGGGCUGGCCUUGCGGUUGCCUGUGGACUGCUUUUGGCUUUCUUAUAUUAUAAUUUAUGCUCUGAUGAUUUUUGAAAGCAGAAGCAAAGGGCGGAUGUCAAUGAAGGAGAGCGUGUGCAAGCCUUGA